UUCAAACUCGACAGUAAACAUUAAAAAUGGCGGUUGAUCCAAAAUCGCAUUCAAGUACCAGCAUAGAAGACUUUGUGUUUGUCAAGCCUAUCAGCAGAGGAGCUUUCGGCAAAGUCUUUCUAGGCUACAGAAAAGACAACCCAGAAAAACAUUAUGCCAUUAAAGUUAUGAAGAAAUGUGAGAUGGUAAACAAGAAUAUGGUCGAUCAAGUACUGGCUGAGCGGGAUGCCAUGGCGGUUACCAAGAGUCCUUUCAUUGUCCAGUUGUUCUACUCACUCCAUUGUCAGCAGAACAUUUUCCUGAUAAUGGAGUAUAUGAUCGGUGGUGAUAUAAAAAGUCUCCUGGUCGUUUAUGGUUUCUUUGAUGAGGAUAUGGCAUUGAUAUAUGCUGCAGAGGUGACCCUGGCACUCCAAUAUCUACACUCCAGGGGCAUCGUUCACAGAGACCUGAAGCCUGACAACAUGUUGAUAUCACCAGAAGGACAUAUAAAGCUGACAGACUUUGGAUUGUCCAAAAUCCAAUUUGAAGUGGGGUCAUAUAAACAACAAGUGGACCCAGGAAAGACUCCUCUGCCCUACAGCAGUCACAGAAUAGAUUGCUUCCGCACGCCCGGUCAGAUCCUCUCCUUCAAAAGUAACCUGGGAUUCAAUAUUCCAUCAGUGAAAAAGCCACAAACCAACAUAGAUCCUGUGGAUACUCCUGCCACAAGACGAAAGCAUUAUUCCAGAAGUCCUCUUGUGGAUGUGAACACAAACUCUCCGAAUACACAUUAUUCCAAACCAAAGUCCCUGAGGGACCGUCUGGUGAGUCAGGCAACCAGGUCACGAUUGUCCUCACCAAGUGUGGCCCUGCCUCCACCAGUGAUGAGCUUGACUCCAACCCUGCAAGACUCACUAAACUGGUCCAAUAGCGGUAGUGAUGGCAGCUCCUUCCAAAUGGAGUCGUCACGUCGGUCCAGACUGUUUACGGAUGAUCAGACACUUGGCACUCACAAUCUCAUGUCAAUGGCAGAGAGCCACAAAGUGUCAAAUUUCAGAAACCUUAAAAUCAGUGAGAUAGAAAGAGAAGGUUCCUGCGGUUGGAGAAACAAACUUGGCAGGAGUCACAGUGAUAGUGUAAUGAGUGAGGACCGGGACAGUAUUUUCGAAAGCAGUAUAAGUAUUGAAAUGUCAAUAACGGACAAGAGUACCGAUUCUGUAUUCUACAAGAAAUGUCAUGACAGCGAGGGGGACUGUUGUGAGGAGGACUGUUGUAACAGCCACCUCAAAGCACCGUCACGACAGGAAAGCAUCAUGGACGAUACACCCCAGAUGCAUAGAUCUAAUGAAUCUGUGUGGAAUUCCUACGCUGCGAGAAAUCUCCGGUCAAUGCGUCAUGGAUCAUACUCUGAGGAUAGCGAUGAAAAUGAGGAACCAAGACAAAGGUGCGCUGAAAAUAGAAAGAAAAGCUCAAAGUCAAGCUGUGAUAAAAGUAGCAUGUAUAGCGAAGAUAGUUCCUCAAAUGUGCGUCUGCUUACAGGGCGAAGUAGAGACAGGCGGGUGUACAGUUAUCACUCGGACGAGGAGAUGGACAAGCUACAAGCUAGUGAAAAAAAGCGUUGUAGCAGUGAAGGGCGAAACAGGAAACGGCACUUUGACCUUGUGGCCAGAAGUCCAUUGAUGAAGAAAGUAUACAGUGGGACUGGUGUCACACAGGAGAUCUGUCUGAUGAAGCUUUAUGGGGAUGAACACCGUAUAAAGAGGAGCAAUUCAGAGAAAUUAAACAGAGAGUUUGGCACCUAUAAUCUGUGUCAGAAACAAUACAACACAGACAAUUACAGAGAUUUUGUGGAUUUAACGUCAGAAAAUCUCAAGUCAGAUGCUUGUGCAAGUUUAUGCAAAGAAAAAAACUUAUCUGAAAGAGUUGCUACAAGAUCUUGUUGUCGAAGACUUUCUGGCAAGCUGCGUUCAGAACAACAGAAACAUGUUCAGAACAGUUCAUCGCAGUGCGCUGUAGAGGAUGACAAUGUAGUGCUAUUGUCUUUAUCAUCGUCUUCCCCGGAUGUCAGCAUGACAAAUUUGGAGGACAAAUGUGAAAUGGCUGACAAUUCAGAGAAAAUUUCGCAAGUUGUGUCUGAUGUAGUGUGUAAUUCUCUAACAGGCAUGGACCAGUCGGACGAACCGAGGUCAUCGCCUAGCAACCAAUCCAGCAAGGAGAUAAACUUAGACCAUGAAUCACUGAGUGAUGAAGAGAGGGAGUUGGACACAUCCAUCAGUGAUCCUGGAGGGUCAAUGGAAGCAGAAAAUAUGUCCCCUACGAAACAAAGUCCUGUGAAAAUGACAAGAUUUCAAAAUCUAAUUCUGCAAACACCUGAUCCAUCUACUUACAGAAAGGAUACCAUCCUAAAGACGCCAGUCAUUCAUCGUCCAUCGAAACCAACACAGUCAUCACUACACGCCCACUUUUCAGCAGCUGUAUGUGAGACACCAGUGGCACAGAUAUCGCGUGUAGCAUUUCCGUCGGCCACCCCUGGGUAUAACAGAACGCCUGCCAGGAACCUGAUGAAAACUCCCUUUAAAACCCCCAAAAGUGUGCGGAGAGGGCAAAAACCCAAUACAGACGACCAGCGUAUACUUGGUACUCCCGAUUAUUUGGCUCCAGAAAUUCUGGGGCAGAAAGCACAUGGACCGGCGGUUGACUGGUGGGCGCUGGGAGUGUGUCUGUUUGAAUUCCUUACUGGGGUGCCACCCUUCAACGAUCAGACUCCAGAGCUUGUAUUUCAAAACAUACUCAACAGAGAUAUUCCAUGGCCCGAGGAUGAGGAAGCCUUGUCGGAGAAUGCCCAGUAUGUGAUUGAUGAGCUUCUUACAAUGGAUCCUGACCUUCGACCCUCAGCCAAAGAUGUGAAGGCUAUGCCGUUAUUUGCUGAGCUGGACUGGAACAAUCUACUGGACAUCACUCCUGCUUUUAUACCACAGCCUGAUGAUGAAGAGGACACCACCUACUUCCAAGCUAAGAACAGUAUGCAGGAGUUACUGGUGUCUGGGGUUGACUUUGGCUUGUGAUUCCCACAUUAUCUAGCUGAACUCUUGGUCAGUCUGCCUUCCAUGAUCUGGAGAUUAUGUGAUAAGAACUAAAAUGUUUUUCUUGAAAGUCUCAAGGAUAUGACAUACAGGAAGCUUUCCAUAUGAGAUGAAAUGCACGGUGACCUUUGUUUCAUCUAAUCAACGAAGCAUGGUGACCUUUGAUUCAGCCAAUCAAUAGAGCAUCAUGGUGACCUUUGAUUCAGCCAAUCAUUAGAGCAUCAUGGUGACCUUUGAUUCAGCCAAUCAAUAGAGCAUCAUGGUGACCUUUGAUUCAGCCAAUCAUUAGAGCAUCAUGGUGACCUUUGAUUCAGCCAAUCAUUAGAGCAUCAUGGUGACCUUUGAUUCAGCCAAUCAAUAGAGCAUCAUGGUGACCUUUGAUUCAGCCAAUCAAUGUAGUAUCCUGGGAAUCAGCAACACUGUCUAUUAUAAUGAAGUUUGUUUGCUGAAGUUAAAGUCCCCAGAAGAAUUUGACUGAAAUUUUAUAUAACAUUUUGCCUUGAAGAAUGUGAUCAGAUUUGACCUAGAUUGGUCGAUGGUGGAUAAAGACGACUGUGAUCGAUGACUACUGGGUUGAUGUACCUAGUAAUUUUUUAUCUGUGAUGUAAUAUCUAUAUAUAUGCUUGCUUCAUAUGUUAUAACGGGUAUUAUGUAUACUAUCUGUUAGAUAGAAUGACUGUAUUUACUGUAUGUAUCCCGUAAUAAGCCCAGGGGCUAACGCAUAACCUCAUGCUAAGUGUCGAGGGAUGGGCUUAUUACAGAACAAUGAAAUUAUGCAUGGUGAUCAUUUUGACUGAACAGCAAUAGAUAUGGGUGGGGUUAUUACUAAUGUGGGAUUUUCUUCAGAUAAAUAUGGUACUGAGCUUCUCAUGUUACCCCCAUAACCCCCACCCCCAACAAACUGCCCUCACCACCUCUCCCCCACGUGCACCCCCUCAAACACAUGAUAUUUGACAUGUUUUUUUUUUGUAUGGUUAUGAUAUGUUCUUAUUUCAUAUACAGAUACAUGAUAUUCAAUUGAUAUCUACAAACCAAAAAUAUUCACAAAGAAGACAUUCUAAAAAUAGUUUAAUAUUUAAAAAAAGGGACAAUUAAUAAUCAAAGUCUUUUUUUUCACAACCACAAAGUAAUUCUUAGAACUGGAGUUUUUCUUUCCUUAAGGGCAUUUUAUGCCCGGAUGUUGACGGGAGUUUUUCUUGGUGUUUCCUAUUGACAAACAAGAACGCUUGUCUGUGUGGUUAUGCUAUAAUUGUAGUGUUUACAGUUAGUUGACCUUGAUUUGUCCUUACUUUUGUAAAUCCUGUUUUGUUUAAAUUCAACUGUGAACACUUUAAUUUCAUAUUUGAUUUUUGUAUUAAGAAUAAUGUAUUUGAUUCCUGAUUAUGAUAUGUAUUUCGUAAAUUCAAAUUCAUGAAAGUUGAAGAAAAAUUGACCACAAUGGAUUUUAGGCAAGAUUAUCUUGAAUAUGAAUUGUGUAAACUUUUGUUAGAAGCAUUGUCGUUACCUACUCCAUUUCAGAUGUCAGUUGUCCUGAUAAUAUCGUCCCUUAAGAAUGACAUUGCCUUGUUUUCCCAGCAAGAACAGGUAUAGGCCGCUUCCCAAGCUAAAAAUGAUGUUUUGAUUUCCCCAAUUAAAAAAAAAACUAAAUUGCAAAGAAGGUAUUACAAUAUUUUGCCAUUUUAAACAGGCACAUGCAGUUUUAAACUUGAGGUAGAAAUUACACAAGCUCAGUAUAUCUAUAUUUAAACAGUUAAUUGGUAACCCUGUCAAAAUUCACAUUUCAUAAACUUUGGUCGAACCUUUUUGACUGCAAUUAACAAGAAUGUGACCCUGUACCAUAACACUGAAUCACAAGCUGUUUAACUUUUCAGUUGAUAAAAUCACCUUAAUUUAUUCUGUAGUGAAAAUUAGGCUUACCUCCUAUGAAGUAUUGUAUAGGAAAAUUAAAGAUAUAACCAGCAUUCUAAGAAUCACUUUAAAUAGAGGAAAAUAUGACAAAAAAAAAAAAAAAUUUAAAAAAUACAUUAACAUAUAUUGUUAUCUUAAUAUUGUAAUUUAUCCAUGUGCUGAACUGAGUUAUGGCAGUUCCAAAUCAGCUGGUUGGCGAAAAUCUGUCUAUAAAGACCACCUGUCUAUAGAGACCAAUUUAGAUGUCUCCCUUGAGCAGUCUUUAUAGACAGGUAUAACAAUGGUACAGGGUACAGAGUGACGACCUUCUAUAUGUACUUAUUAAAGCUCACUUAGAAAUAUUUGUUGGUGCUUGGAUAUCAGAACUCAUUAUAAUUCCAUUUUUGUGAUAUUUUAUAUUUAAGAAUACAUUAUAUACCUAUUUGUAAAAUUGAUUACCAUAAAUGUACUUAUAUUAGCACACUCAUAAAAAUUAUACAUAUCUUGUAUUAGGGCUUUGUGGAAUUUCAUAAAUUGGCAUUUUUCACAUUAAUCCCAGGUGUAUGAUAUAGAAAAUAUUUACACUGGUUGCAAAGCUUCAAUAAAAGUAAAAUGAUGGUUUAUCGUAACUUUCAAUAUUGCUAAAAUAAGAUUACCCCUAAAAUAAGUUAACCACUAUUAAGAUAAGAUUACUGCUAAGGUAAGAAUACCACUAAGAUAAAUUACCACUAAGAUAAGAUUACUGGUAAGAUAAGAUUACUGGUAAGAUAAAAUUACCACUAAGAUAAGAUUACUGGUAAGAUAAAAUUACCACUAAGAUAAGUUAACUGCUAAGAUAAGAUUACCACUGAAAUAAGAUAACCACUAAAAUAAGAUAACUACUAAAAUAAGAUUACCGCUAAAAUAAGAUUACCACUGAAAUAAGAUUACCACUGAACUAAGAUUACCACUAAAAUAAGAUUACCACUGAAAUAAGAUUAUCGCUUAAAUAAGAUUACCACUGAAGUAAAAUUAUCGCUAAGAUAAGAAUACUGCUAAAAUAUGUACAUUUACAGUAAUCUUUCAGCUGGGCUAUAGGCUACUUUAAUUUAUAAAGAUGCUAGUCAGUUUGCUUCAUAUUGCAAAUCUAAUUUAUAUGUAUUCCAAUUUCACAUGUAUACAGUAUUUUAUGUCAUAGUCCUGUGGGUUACUAUAUAUUGUUAUUUCUGCCACAAUUGGUCUUGUUUAUCAACUCUCCAACAGGACACAGGGGAUUGAUAACUUUAAUUUAUGUGGUUGUGAUUACACCUUUUUACAUUGAUACUUAAAAAUUUACCAGGAUGUAUUUUACUUUAUGAAUAUUCAGAAUUGAUAAAAGUCAUUAAGUGAAAAAAAGUACAUGUAUUAUAAAAUAAAAUUUGAAUACCUGUAUAUAGCUGUAAGCAAAGCUAUAUAAUUGCAUUUUUAGCAAGCUUAUCUUAUCUCACAAAAUUCUAUUUGCUUGAAUUGUUGUUUGUAACACAACCAUAUAAAUCUCUCAUUAUUGUGAGAGAAAUUGUGGUAAAAAGAAGGUCCACAUCUUGUGACAAUUGUGUGUCAUAUUUGACAAAGUUAUUAAAAGUUCACUGAAUUAUACAAAAUUAUGCUUCAGAAAAUAAGCACGAGUUCAAACUAUCCAAGUCGAUAAAGCCAAAUUUGGCAAAGAGUAAAUCAAGACGUUAACAUAUAUCUGGAACUGUUUAUGAUAUGCAACAGUCACUUUUUAUUGGACCCUAAUGAUAUAUAUGGGAGUACAUUUGUAUUUUCUUCGUGAUUAUUAUUCUAUAUGUAUUUAUUCAGAAGAAAAUGGUGAUUUCUAUAACAGAUCAAUGAUUUUGGUUAAGUUAUUCCAUGAUUACAUAACAAAAGAAGCAGGAAAAUGUAUCUCAAUAUUUGAUAUACAGCUAACUGUUUUUGAUGAAUGAUUAGGUAAGCCUGUAUUUUACUACAAGUGAAGCUAUCUUUACUUAAAACUCCUCAGUAUUCAGAGAGAAUACUUGUACAAUGACUUUAUUUGUCACAGGACAGGAGCACCUGAUCAAAUCAUCAUUUAUUAUGCUCAAGGAUCUUUUCAGGUGGAGCAUGGAUGCUAUGCUGUUGAAAUAAGAGUUUUUUCCACUUUUUAAUUUGAACUUAAUAUCUUAUCAUAGUCUUCAAGGAAUUUUUAAACAGACUUUGCAUUUACUUGGUAACUCCAAGUGAAUUUUCUGAGCUGGUAGCUUUCAGUCUCCACAAGCUGAAUCCUUAUUACCCACUAAAGGAAUCAGAGAUUGGAUACAAUAUUUGUUCUUGUUAAUUUUCUAAUUGAAAUCCAUGUUAAUGAUCGAGUUGUCCGACAUUAUCAUAACUUGAAACUUGAGAGCACUUCAGAGUUUUAAGAAGGAAAUGGAUAAAAGAAUAAAUUAUUUCACCUCCUUGGGGUUGAGACAGGUGGGUUGCAGUCAGAGGGGAAAGAUUCCGUAGUUGCCAAACACAAGACUUGCCAAGUAUUUGGCAGCUUAAGAAUCUUAUACUGAGGGUUGAGAUCCCCUCCCCCCGUCUCAAUCCGCAAUGUAUGUACCUGGCGAUACUGAUGUUAUAUAUCAAUGCAAGACAUUGUGGACAUAUCACAUCAUUGGUAUUGUUGAUGUCAUGUCAUGUAGUUGUCGAUGACGUCAUGGUAUUGUUUCCAUGACAUCAGUUGAUGUGAGUCUGGUAUCCCCCCGUCUCGCCCCUUGGGCGAGAUGAAGAAUUGUCGGUGUGAUCCUGAUUUUGUUCGGGAGGAGAUAACUCUUAUCUCACACAGCUUAGGAAAAGACAGUCGAUACCAUACUCAGUGCUGCAGGAAUUAUGUUUAGAUAUGAUGUCAUCAUAUUGUGUUGUUCCUGUGAAUUUGUACCAUUGCUGUGAAAAGGGAAUUAUCCAAUCUCAACUCUAGGGUUUAUGAUCUUUGGAUGACAACAUAGAGAGAUGUUUAUUAAAAAAUGGAGUUAAUUCAUUUAGAAGUUUGAGAAAUAGUCAAACAAAUAUAUGGGAGUAUUCUGUGGACACGGUUUUUAACCUUGCAUUAUAAGGGUUUGGCUGGCAACAUGCAGCAAGCCUGGAGCAGACCAGCUGAACUCUUCCACUAGGUUUGAAUUAUCCCUCGAACAGACCCAUGUAUCAUUCUAUUCAUUUAGAAGUUUGAGAAAUAGUCAAACACAUAUAUGUGAAUAUUCUGCAGGCAGGGUUUUUAACCUUGCAUUAUAAGGGUUUGGCUGGCAACAAGCAGCAAGCCUGGAGCAGACCAGCUAAACUCUUCCACUAGGUUUGAAUUAUCCCUCGAACAGACCCCAUGUAUGAUUCUAUUAUUCUCUUACCCUGGACAGGGAUAUCCGCAGUUUUACCGGGGUGAGAUUUUCUUAUCUCGCCUUAGGGAAAAGACAAGCUACACAUGCUCUUUUCACACUCUCAGCAAUUGUAUUUUGUCACUUCAACAAAACCAUGACGUCAUGGCAACAGUACAAUGACGUCACACCGGCAAUUCAAUCACAUCAUGUCAAUAUUCCCUUGCAUUGAUAGUAACGUCAAUAUUAGAUACAUAGAGGGUAAACAGGGUAAGAAAAAAUAAUCAUUCACCACCAGGAAAGUGAGACGGGGAAAUCUCAACUCUUGGAGUAAGGUAAGUUGAGAUUUCCCUGUCUCGUCCCCAAGGGGUGAAAUAUUCUUUUAAUCUCACACCAAUAAAAGUUUGAAAACACCUAUCCAGCACCACUUACCAGUAAUGUAGUGAUUCUUACCAGACUGUAGCACAGUAUGUCUCUUAUAUACUGUACGCAAGAUGUUGGUUUUUGUGUUGCCAUGGUAAUUCCUGACUGAAAAUGUUUUGGAAUCAGACAAUUAGCUAGCCCGCGUUUCCUCUGGCCUCGACACCAUGUCUGGUGUAGGGCCAGAGCGCACUACUAUAUGAAAACAUGGAAUUCUCCAACACCGUUUGGUGUCGCAAAGAUUUUGGUGCAAAUACAAUAAAAUCGGGUGUGACAUAACACCUACCUUACAUGUAUGGAUAAAUAAGAUAUUUAUUUACCCCGGUACACCCAUUUUGUCCUAUCUAGGUGUUUUAUUCCGUCCAUAUAGACCCUCGCUUUACGCUAGACAUGGUGUCAAGGCCAUAGGAAACUCGGGCUAAAUUAGCAAAGACAAAUGUUUUGGUCAUCUAGAAAAUUUAAAUCAAUAUAACUAUGUCACUGAAAGAAAAAUUGCGAAUGCAAAAAUGUAUAACUUACAGUUAGAUAAUGAAUAAGUUAGCCGAGGAAUUAUGAUUUUUGGAUAGUUGGGUGUUGUUUACCGGAUGUAUCAUGUGUGCACCGAGUAAUGGAUAUUGUUUUAAAUCCCCAGGUACCUGUUGAAUUUUAUACAAAAUUUUGAUAUUGAGUUCUAUCAAUAUUUUGAAACUGUGUGAGAUAUUUAUGAACUGUUAUGAUAUGGAUACCAAAACCAUUCAAAUGAUUUACCAAAUCAAGAUUGAAAAUCUGACAAUAAAUUUUUAAUGAAUGAGAAAAA